AUCUCCAACCUCCACCAUCCAGCUCCACACACAGCAAUAUAAAUCAUCCACUUCUACUCCGCCCAUCUCUCUCCCAACCUCAUCAAUCUACCCAAAAUUCCCCACUCCAUCCACAAUCCCUAAACGAAAUGCCCACCCUCCUCCAAACCCUCCUCCCCUGCCUCUCCCCCCGCCGCCGUCGUACCACCAGCCCCCUAACCUACACCCCCGACAUCAAACUCUCCACCGACCCCGCGCCCGAAGACGAGGCGAUGGCAUCCCGCCUCCUCACCACCCUCCUCCGCGCCGAGAAACCCGGCAAAACCCUGCAGGAGUCCCUCCAGCACGACCUAGACCUUACCGGCGAGGUGCGCACGCAGGGCUGGUACGAGACCGUCGCCGCCAAACUGCUCGCGGGGAUGGAGCGGGCAAUCGAGGAUGGCAAAGCCAUCGGCGGGGCUGUGGGUGAAGUACUCACCCACGCCCGCACCUUCGCCGCGGACUUCAUCCGCGAGCAUCCCGUCUACACGGCCGUCAUCGUGACUAUCGUGGCGUUGGGCGUCUUGUAUCUGCUCUGGCCGUGGGUUGUUAGCGCGCUGGGGUUUGGAGAGGCGGGCCCGGUUGCUGGGUCCUGGGCUGCGCGGUUCCAGGCGAUGUAUGGGCCGGAAGUGCCGGCGGGGAGUUUGUUCUCGGCGCUGCAGAGGUUGGGGAUGGUGAUGGGCAAGGGGGCAGUGGUGGCGAUGCUCUGAUUUGAGGAGCUUUCUGGAGGGUUUCAGCUGGACAUCGAGAUAGCUGCUAUGAAGGUAGUGAAGGGAGUUUUCUUGGCUCUACAGUAUGCCGAGUCGGCCAACGGCCAGAUGGUAUGGUGCUGGGAAAGUUACCCUACGGUAGAAGACUCUUGAGCUCUGCUACAUCUAUAGGCUCUUGCAUGUCCCAGAUCGAGGCAUUUGCACGUGGUUCUUGGGGGUACAUACUCACAAAAGACACCCUAGGGGGCUUCUCAUUUGGUUAACAUGAAUGUAAAGGUUGUGACAUCGUAU